UCCGAUUGUUUUGUUUAUUUUGUUUUUGAGAGUUCUGUGGUUAUCAUAUAAAAUUUAUAUUUAUAUUAAAUAAAUGUCUACUGUUUUGAGCAAAAAUUAAUUUGAUUACAUGAUAAUUUAGGAACUGCGAAUUUCCAGGUUGCAUCUUUAAAUAACAAUUUUAAAAUGUAUGUUUAUCAUUUGCCAUAUGCUGAACGAAUGCAGUUAUGUAAAGUUUUGGACCAAAAUAAUAGAUGGGAGGAACUUGCUGGAAUAUAUAUGCAAUAUAAUGUAGAUGAAAUUAAUGAGAUUAAAAGAAAUGAAAGACCAACAGAUUGCUUGUUGACAAACUGGGGCAAUAAAAAUCAUACAGUUCUUGAAUUAUUUGAAUUGUUACAUAAAAUGAAGCAUUACCAAGCAAUGUUGAUAAUUAAAGAUUUUAUCGAUCCAAUUUAUCAUUCAAAAAUAGUUAGAGCCAAUUUGCCAGUUAACAAUAUUAAUAAACCUGACAAUAUUCCUCAGGAGAACUUCAACAAUAGUGAAAAGAAAAUUUCAAAUGUAACAAAGUCUGUGAUCAAUCAAAUGCCUACAAAGGAUGACAAUGAUAGUGUCUUGAUUCCUGAUAUCAGUAAGUUAUUAGUUAAUACUGAAGGCCCAAAAGGCCAUGUUAUGCCAGUAGCCAUUGUGCCACCACAACCUUCUCAUUUUAAUAACCUUACACCACAACCUCAUGCCUCAAGGUCUAUAAGUGCUACUGAUAUAUCAUCUGUAACUGUAUCUGCAGGAGCAAUCCCUCAAAUUCCCUAUGUCAAUUUAUUGGAAGCAACUAAUGAUUGGGACAAAAGAAAUCUGUUAGGAAAAGGUGGUUAUGGAACAGUUUUCAAAGGCAAAUGGAAAAAUACAGAAGUGGCAAUAAAACGAAUAGAACCAAGGCAAGAUACUGAAGAGUGGGACAGUGUUCAAAUUAAGCAGUCAAUUAUAGAAUUGCAAUGCCUUAAUGCUUAUAGGCAUGACAAUAUUUUGCCUGUUUAUGGAUACAGUAUAGAUGGACCUUUGCCUUGUCUCAUUUAUAAAUAUAUGGCGGGUGGUUCUUUGGAGUCACGAUUGAGAGUCAGAGAUCCCACUAAAGCACUGAGGUGGCCAAAGCGUUUAGAAAUUGCCUUGGGAGUUGCCAGAGGCCUGCAGUUCUUACACACGUCAGGAGAAAAAGGGCUCGUACACGCCGAUAUAAAAUCGGCUAACAUUCUCUUGGAUCCCUGUGAUGUGCCUUUAAUUGGAGACUUUGGCCUCGCCAGAGAGGGGCCUCAUAGUGAGUACAGCAAAGUUAGUAAAGUUCAAGGCACAAAAGCAUACUUGCCCGCGGAAUUUCUGCGCAACAAGAAGUUCUCUUCAAAAGUGGACGUGUACAGCUUCGGAGUUGUUCUCUUCGAACUGGCCACUGCGAGAAGGGUAGCGGUGAAAGUAGACACAAAGAUUGUGUUUUUGAAAGAGCUCUUCGAUGAUUUUAAUGGUGAUGUGAUGACGUUGAAGGAUCCGCUUGUUGAGGGUUACGACGCUUGUUUCAGGGGACUAAUUGAUAUCGGGAAGAAAUGUGUUAACGAGAAGGCUCGUUUAAGGCCGGAAAUGGUAGAGGUUUAUAAAAUGUUGGAAGAAAUUCAAGUGUGAAUAAUUUUUAUAGUGUUGGACGAUAAAAUGGGUGGUAAUAUUUGUAGGUUCAGCAUUUAGUACCAUUGACCUGUGAGGUGUCUUAUAUCGUUUUAAAGAAUGUUUCAAAUUUUUA